AUGCUCAAGUUUUUCAUUUUGUCCACAGCCGUUGUGCUGUGUGGUGCUAGUUAUGGUGGCGGUGGCGGUGGUGGUGGAUAUGGUGGUGGCGGUGGUGGUGGAUAUGGUGGCGGCGGUGGUGGUGGUUAUGGUGGCGGCGGCGGUGGUGGUUAUGGUGGCGGCGGCGGUGGUGGAGGUUAUGGAUCCAUCGAAGCUGCUAUCUAUUCCAAUCAUAAAGUAGAUGUUCUUCCAGUGCCAAGCAAAAAAAGUUAUGCUGCGCCCACAUAUAUCGAUGUUCCUGGUGGUGCUCUACCUGUUUACAUAAACUUUCAAUCACAAUCAUCACCUGUAUAUGUGAAACAACAACAUUACGGAAUGAGUGGAUCAUACCAGAAAUCGUAUUCAUAUGAUGAGCCACAUAAAUUGGUACAUGAAGUUACUAAACCAAUUGUCCAAGAAGUCAGAGAAGUCAUUAAACCAUACCGUAAAGUUGUUCAAACCAUCAAACCAGUACAUGAAGAAGUACUCACUUUGGUGCACAAAGGAACCGGAUAUGGCGAUAGUUAUGGAGGCGGUGGAGGAGGUGGCUCUUAUGGCGGCGGUGGUGGUGGUGGUGGUAAGUUUUUUACAAAAUAAUCUUUUUUAAAAUUUGAAAUUGAAAAAUAAUCUAUUUUCAAACAGGUUACGGAGGUGGUGGUGGAGGCGGUAAGUUUUUUGCAAAAUGAUUUUUUUUUUUAAAUUAAAAUUUAAAAUUAAACAAUAAUCUCUCUUCAAACAGGUUACGGUGGUGGCGGCGGCGGCGGAUAUGGUGGUGGUGGCGGCGGCGGUGGUGGAUAUGGUGGUGGUGGUGGCGGCGGCGGCAAAGGUGGUUACCCAAAACCAUACAAAG